AUGUUUCAUCGUGGGGAGGCAGCUGUAAUUUUCUGUAUCAACUUUGACCACGCAUUCUUAUCUGGCUCUGAUGGUAGAAGACUUGGCUGUGAUGGCAAGAACAAUCAUUUUGAAGGGACGAGGCUCCAGCCUCCAGUGCUGUCCGCAAAGCUAUCUCUGUUUGGUCACUCCACACCUUCAACCCGGUUCCGUGAUGGUCGCAAACCAUAUGGAGGGAGAAAAAAUGAGUCCACUUUACUCCCCCACCUUCCGGAACCAACACCCCCCGCCUUCGAAAUCUUCAAAGAUGUUCCUCGCAGGGAUAGAGUCAAUCAUGAAUCAAUGACAGUACAUGUAAUGUCCAUGUACCAAAAAACGAAGUUUUCCACAGGAUCUGCUGUGCUGCCAAACCGAGCAUCCGACACGAAAAGUAGAGGUCACCAAUCCUCAUGCACAGCCGAUGCCAUGACAACAUGGCAGCUCCAGGAGGAUUUAGAAAUAUGCACACUUAGGCAGGUACCGAUGCGCAAUGCCCUGCACAUGUACUGUACAUGUACAUGUACGUCCAUACCGUACAAGGGACAUCGGUACCGGCACAAGAAGAAAGAAUGUGAUCAAAAGCUGCGGUGUCAUUCCAUCGCCUUCAUGCAAAUCCGUUCGACCAAGCUAAGGCAACAUGACACCAUCAUGCUGCACUCCACACCGUUUAGGGCAGGUCUCGUAUGCAGGAGCGAUGGGAUGAUUUACCCAAUUGCAUAUUGGAUGCAAUGCAUUAUCCCCCAUAAUACAACGAACUAG